CGAAAUUUUCACUUGGCAAUCAUUUUAGAAUCUUGUUAUGCUUAACUACAUGUCCAUUGUUGGUGGUUAAUUUUGCAAUGAAUUAAACAAAGAGAAUUUUAAGAUUUGCUGCAAUUACUGCUUUAAAUGAUGAGUAAAAAAGAUACCUUGGAGUUACCUGGAUUUGAUAGAGAUCCUGUAACAGGCAAAUACUAUCGAAAGCUUCCCGCCGGCUCUCCUUCAUGUUUUGAUGUCAGACGUCAUCCUAAUAGCCCUGAAGAUAAUUCAGCUGAAAAACUCAAAAUUCCAAAUGUAGCUAAAUUGAUUUCUCAAAGAGAUCUUGGGCAGCUCGUUAAUACAAAGUUUGAAACUGAUAUAUUAGAAUUGAAAACAAAAGAUAUUUUCCUCAAAAAAAAAUUUACCUUCCCUGGUGAUGUCAUCAAUGAAUUAGCUCUUAUGGAUUGUCAGUUCUUGAAGCGUGGGAAUGGAACAAUUAUUGGGAAAUGGUCUUGCAAAAACUUUCCCAACAUGUGUUAUCUGGGUGAAUUUGAAGAUGAUGUUACAAAUUUGCACAAGAAGAGUGACCCACUCCUGCAUGCAUACUUAGUCAAAAAGUUCAUCACCGAUUUUUGUGAGUGUUACGAUUCACAGUAUAGGUACGUAGUAUUUUCAGCCCAUAGAAAUUGUGAUAAUGUUGGUUUGAUCUACCUGAUCAACACCCAGAUUUGUGCUGAUCGCAGUGAGUUUGCAUCUAUAACCUAUCUUGACUUGAAUAUAGUAUCGCCUAUAUGGUGCUGUGCUAGCAACCACCAGAAACUUAACUUUGCUGUUGGAUUAGAAAAGUUUGUUAAUGUAUAUUCCUCUACCCGUAUCAUAAGAUCUAUUGGUGUUCCAGGACAGGCACAUACUGUUGAAUUUGAUAAAACUGGAAAUCUCAUGUUUAGUGGACUCAACAACGGAAGGCUCAUCAUGUCUGACUUAAGGACUCGGCGUGAACAUGAUGUCUCUGUCAAGUUGAGUGACUGUUGUUUACAAGAAAUAAAACUUUCAAGCGGAGAAAAUUAUAUCAUCUAUGGAGAUUUUGCUGGAAGGAUUAAUCGAGUGGACUUUAGAAUGGACUUAAAUUGUGUAGCUGAAUACAAAGGUCAUUAUGGAAGUAAACCUUCAUUUAGUUUUAGCGAAAAUUUUAAUGUUUUGUGUGCCAAUGGACAAGAUAAUGUAACACGAUUGUGGAGCCUUGAACAUGGUGGCAAACCAUUGAGAUACAUCGAAACAGAAAAAGGUUGUUCAUCUAGUUCAAUUAUUAGUGACAAUGGCUCCAAAUGUGUGAUUUAUCAUGUUGUCAAUGAUUUGGUUAAUGCAUACGGGUUUUAAACAGUUUAUGUAUUGUUUAUUGCUCAAUAACAGCAAAUAGAUUUAUAUAUGAGUCUUUGUAUUCUAUUGUGCUUACUUUGAACUAUCAUUGAAAUCAUUCCACAAGAUCCUAAAGAAAAUAACUGGGCACUUGAGCAAAACAUGUUUUCCUGGAGUUUUUUGAAGCAGAAUAAAUAUGUGCUUGUGGAAGUAUUUAAUUAGAAAAAAAUUGGAAAAUAAACAAAGCCAAAUCCUUUGAAUCUUUAACUGUCUCAA